AUGAAAUCUUCUCCCGGGAUGGGGCCUUCAACCCAUCUUGUUUAUGCCCUUGGUUUUGCUAUCAUGGCAACAAUGGUCGCUGCUUCUUAUGAACCCUACACCUAUAGCUCUCCACCACCACCAGUGUAUUCUCCAGCACCAAAGGUUGAAUACAAGUCUCCACCACCUCCUUACGUCUACAGCUCUCCACCACCACCAGUGUAUUCUCCAGCACCAAAGGUUGAAUACAAGUCUCCACCACCACCAUACGUCUACAGCUCUCCACCACCACCGGUGUAUUCUCCAGCCCCAAAGGUUGAAUACAAGUCUCCACCACCACCAUACGUCUACAGCUCUCCACCACCACCAGUGUAUUCUCCAGCCCCAAAGGUUGAAUACAAGUCUCCACCACCUCCUUACGUGUACAACUCUCCACCACCACCAGUGUAUUCUCCAGCACCAAAGGUUGAAUACAAGUCUCCACCACCACCAUACGUCUACAGCUCUCCACCACCACCGGUGUAUUCUCCAGCACCAAAGGUUGAAUACAAGUCUCCACCACCACCAUACGUCUACAGCUCUCCACCACCACCGGUGUAUUCUCCAGCUCCAAAGGUUGAGUACAAGUCUCCACCACCUCCUUACGUCUACAGCUCUCCACCACCACCGGUGUAUUCUCCAGCCCCAAAGGUUGAGUACAAGUCUCCACCACCACCAUACGUGUACAGCUCUCCACCACCACCGGUGUAUUCUCCAGCUCCAAAGGUUGAGUACAAGUCUCCACCACCUCCUUACGUCUACAGCUCUCCACCACCACCGGUGUAUUCUCCCGCCCCAAAGGUUGAGUACAAGUCUCCACCACCACCAUACGUCUACAGCUCUCCACCACCACCAGUGUAUUCUCCAGCCCCAAAGGUUGAGUACAAGUCUCCACCACCACCAUACGUCUACAGCUCUCCACCACCACCGGUGUAUUCUCCAGCCCCAAAGGUUGAGUACAAGUCUCCACCACCACCAUACAUCUACAGCUCUCCACCACCACCGGUGUAUUCUCCAGCCCCAAAGGUUGAGUACAAGUCUCCACCACCACCAUACGUCUACAGCUCUCCACCACCACCGGUGUAUUCUCCAGCCCCAAAGGUUGAAUACAAGUCUCCACCACCACCAUACGUCUACAGCUCUCCACCACCACCAGUGUAUUCUCCAGCUCCAAAGGUUGAAUACAAGUCUCCACCACCACCAUACGUCUACAGCUCUCCACCACCACCAGUGUAUUCUCCAGCCCCUAAGGUUGAGUACAAGUCUCCACCACCUCCUUACGUCUACAACUCCCCACCACCUCCAUACUACUCCCCUUCCCCUAAACCUGCAUACAAAUCUCCACCACCACCAUACGUCUAUAGUUCCCCACCACCACCAUACUACUCUCCUUCACCUAAAGUUGAAUACAAGUCUCCACCACCACCAUAUGUCUACAGCUCUCCACCACCACCAUACUACUCUCCUUCACCUAAACCAACAUACAAAUCUCCACCACCACCAUACGUAUACAACUCUCCACCACCACCAUACUACUCGCCUUCUCCUAAGGUACACUACAAUUCUCCUCCACCUCCUUACGUCUACAGCUCUCCACCACCACCAUAUUAUUCACCUUCUCCUAAGCCCGCAUACAAAUCUCCACCACCACCAUACGUUUACAGCUCCCCACCACCACCAUAUUACUCUCCUUCACCUAAACCAACAUACAAAUCUCCACCACCACCAUAUGUCUACAGCUCUCCACCACCACCAUACUACUCGCCUUCUCCUAAGGUACACUACAAAUCUCCACCAGCACCAUACGUUUACAGCUCCCCUCCUCCACCCUAUUACUCUCCUUCACCUAAACAUACAUACAAAUCCCCACCACACCCACAUGUAUGUGUUUGCCCACCUCCUCCUCCAUGUUACUCUCCUUCACCGAAGAUUGUGUACAAAUCUCCUCCAACACCAUAUGUUUACCACUCUCCACCUCCCCCACCUUAUUACUCGCCUUCUCCUAAACCUGCAUACAAAUCUCCACCACCACCAUAUGUCUACAACUCUCCACCACCACCAUACUACUCACCUGCUCCUAAGUAUGCAUACAAAUCUCCUCCACCACCAUACGUGUACAGCUCCCCACCACCACCAUACUAUUCGCCUUCACCUAAGCCCACAUACAAAUCUCCUCCACCACCAUAUGUCUACAAUUCCCCACCUCCACCAUAUGUAUACAGUUCCCCACCUCCACCACCGUAUGUUUACAGUUCCCCACCACCACCAUACUACUCUCCUUCUCCAAAGGUUGAGUACAAAUCUCCUCCACCACCGUAUGUCUACAAUUCCCCACCACCACCAUACUACUCUCCUUCUCCAAAGGUUGAGUACAAAUCUCCACCACCACCAUAUGUCUACAGUUCCCCACCCCCACCAUACUACUCUCCUUCUCCAAAGGUUGAGUACAAAUCUCCUCCACCACCAUAUGUCUACAGUUCCCCACCACCACCAUACUACUCUCCUUCUCCAAAGGUUGAGUACAAAUCUCCACCACCACUAUAUGUCUACAGUUCCCCACCACCACCAUACUACUCUCCUUCUCCAAAGGUUGAGUACAAAUCUCCUCCACCACCGUAUGUCUACAGUUCCCCACCACCACCAUACUACUCUCCUUCUCCAAAGGUUGACUACAAAUCUCCUCCACCACCAUAUGUCUACAGUUCCCCACCUCCACCACCUUAUUACUCUCCUUCCCCAAAGGUUGAGUACAAAUCUCCACCACCUCCAUAUGUUUACAACUCUCCACCUCCACCAACGUAUUACUCUCCUUCUCCAAAGGUUGAGUACAAAUCUCCUCCACCACCGUAUGUCUACAGUUCUCCACCUCCACCACCAGCUUAUUCUCCUUCCCCAAAGGUUGACUACAAAUCUCCUCCACCAGCCUCAUAUUAUUAA